UGGCGCGAACUCACUUAUAAUGUUCACUGAUUUUGUUGUUCUCAUGGAAAAUGGAAGACGAAUUUGUGUCUUCAAGUCUUUCUACCACUCACUUGCGUGUAAAAACUAAACUGAAACGCGAUCGAUGGGAUGACUACUUGUGUUCAAACUUCAACCGCACCGAAUCAUGGUAUCGAGCAGAAAUUGAUAAAUUACGCUCAGAAAUAUCUGAAUUGGAAGCCGAGCUAAACGAGGACAAGCAGUCGUUUUCAACUGUACAUUUACUCCAGACUCUUGACAAGUUGACUGAAAACUUACCACACGACAAAAAGGCUUUGUUAGAUGGAAAAGAUAUUCAUGGCAAACUGCAUGAUGACGGCCAUAUCGAUAUUGAACGUCUAGAAAAGUUUACAGGCUUGUAUAUUCAUGAUAUAAUAAUCCAAGUUGAGAAAGAUGAUGGGGUUAAAUGUAUUAGAAAACAUCAAAUACAAGGGGCUUGUCGUGGAAUUGAAUUUCAAAUGAAAUUCUCAGUGGAAGAGGUCACUCAGCAAGAUAGUCAAAGUCAGUCAGUUGUUCUUUUGUUUGCAUGAGAAUUUCACAAUUAUUCUCAUUACCGUUGCUCAUUAGAGCAAUUUACAUUGUUUGGGAUGUACUCAGGAUGCUGUGAUGUAUUGGAAAAAUAUAUUUAUUGAUACUGAAAAAAUUGCUGUAUCAACUGUAUGAAAUAAUAUGAAUUUAUGAAAAUUAUGAAAAUUGGUUUAGUUGAAAAAGUGUUAAAAUUGAUUUGUAACUAGGAAGCAAAUUUCAUUUUUUUCAAGGUGACCAAACUAAAUU